UGCUUCUGCUGUUACAGUCAACCUGAACUGAUGUGAUGUCGUGCCCGGGUCCCUGGAUCCAAACCUAGUGUACGUGUAGGAUAGAUAGCGUUGCGACCCGAAGCGCCUCGGGACCAACUGUAUCGACAUUCCUCCACUAAACAUCCCAAUUACCAGACCUCAGAGCCACUUGGCUGUUCCUCAUCAUGCCCGUCAAGUUUGCCAUCAGCUCUGGCGCUCUGUCACUGGCGCUACUGCUCUUUGGUCAUGGCCACCUCGCCAAGGCAACAACUGACAUUUCUUAUAUUUACUUUGACAAUACACAAUAUCUUGCCGCCGCGUACAAUGUCGUCCAGAUGUCGUGGUCCACAUUACAAGCCGCCUUUGCAAGCCCCAACCGCUCGGACAUUGCCAGUUUCACCCGUCCCCUAUCAGGCUUCACUGCCCAUUUGCGGAUAGCGGACGAGGUGCGUUUCCCGCCCGCUGUGACGGACGAGAAUGUCACAACCAACGUGGCAGCUCUCAAUUUCGGCAUUCCACCUUCCAUGAGGAAGGAAAAUGGCCUCCCCAAGAGCAUGCAUUCCUCGUGGUAUGUCUGUCAACACUAUUACAUCAGCACGCUGCCUGACCCAACAUCGGAUAUUGCGCACGACUGUUCCUUUCUGCCCAGCCAAUGUCAGAAAGACUUGAAAGCCAGCUUGACUCAGAACUGGGGAGCAUUCAAGAGCGAUCCCGAGAGCGGUACCAUGUGCAGCGGAUGGGCCCUUGACACCAUCACGGAAAGCUGCCAAACCACGCUGGGAAGGGUUACAGCAGAUGUUCUGGGUAAGUGCAAUCUUCAAAUACGAGUGGGCAUGAAUUGAGGGUGACGUCUAAUUCUUCACAGGUUGCGAGGCGUCCGAUCUCGACGAUGAUGAUGCAGCCAGAAGUUUCGCGGUGGAUGAAGUCGGACGUUUAUCGUGGAUGGUUGGCACCAAUUUCAACGACCCAAACAACCAGACAUCGUAUUAUGCUGCAUCCAACAGAACCUACAUUGUUGCUACUGUGUUUGGGUACAAUUCUGGGUAUGCUGGUUCGGUCCAGCCAGUGGUAGAGCUUGCUUGUCUUCGACCCCAGUGGGGGACGACCCAGGCCACUUCUUCUUCUUCUUCUUCUUCUUUCUUCUUCUUCUUCUCUUCUUCUUCUUCUUCUUCUUCUUCGUCUUCUUCUUCUUCUUCUUCUUCU